ACAAACGUGGUCCUUCUAGCUCCCCCCACGCCCAGUAAAAUUCGUUUUUACGCAAUUUUACCCACGAAUUUUACCAAGAUUCACCUUUGGUUGGCAAUGCUGCGUUGCCAACCGCAAAUUCCCUAAGUGGGGUGUGUGCAAUGAGCAAUCGAGUGUGCCGUGUCCGUGUGGGGGCUUCAGCACGUCCAAACUAACCUCACAGGAUGAUGGGUAUUUUCAAGCGGCGCCCCCGCACCGGGGACAGCCCCUCGUCCAUCGGGGCCGUGAUCAGCGAGCCCACGAACGUCAACCACGACAUUCAUGUGAGUGUGAACGCGCAAGGGGAGCUCGAGGGGCUGCCGUCGGCCUGGCUGCGCCAGAUCGGCACCCAAAUCACCAGAGAUGAGCAAGUCAACAACCCCCUGGCGGUUAAGCAGGCCGUCAAGUUCUACAACUACUCGAUCAAGAAGCAGGAGAAGGGCGAGAUGAAGCACAUCAUCACGGAGCCCCUCAUUGACGAGGAGACGAAGGAAAUCGACAAGUACAUGAACUCGAAGGACGCGCACAAGAGCAAGGACGGGAAUUUGGACGACGAGGGCAACGAAGAGCCCAUUUAUGUAAAUACAAUAAACCGUCCUGAAACCGUGCCAGCAAUCCCUCCAAAACGAACCCCAACGACAAAUUUGAGAAAAGCGCCGAAAAUCCCCGAACAACUCGACUGUCUGACCAUCGACGAGGGCACGUGCGAACUGCGUCGCAAAUCCUCCUCCGACGACGACAUCCUCCGACGAAAAAGUGGACAAACCGACGAAGAUUACAUUCGCGAAUUGAAAAAACUCUGUAAUCCUGGAGAUCCCAGUGAUUUUUACUGCCGCAGUAACCGUGACCUGGGGACCGGUGCCAUGGGCAUUGUCUACGCCGCCACCGACCUCCAGACCGGCCAACCGGUUGCAAUCAAAGACAUCGACAUGACGAAACAACAGCGCAAAGAGCUGCUUUUGAGCGAAAUUGCGAUAAUGAAAAAUUUCCAACACAAAAAUUUGGUGAAUUUUUUGGACGCGUUCGUGAUGUAUGACGACCAUUUGUGGGUGGUGAUGGAGCUGCUGGACGGGGGGCCUUUGACGGACGUCGUCACCGAGACGGUGAUGAAGGAGCACCACAUCGCCGCAGUGUGCCAUGAAGUCUUACAGGCCAUUGAUUAUCUCCACUCCCGAGGCACCAUCCACCGUGAUAUCAAAUCUGAUAACGUCCUCCUGAGCAUGGACGGCUCCGUCAAGGUCACCGAUUUCGGCUUCUGCGCCAGCGUAGUAGGCAAUGAGCAGCGCGAAACAAUGGUCGGGACGCCAUAUUGGAUGGCACCGGAGGUGGUAACUCGUCAAAAAUACGGCAAAAAAGUCGAUAUUUGGUCACUGGGUAUAAUGAUAGUCGAAAUGUUAGACGGGGAACCCCCGUAUUUACGUGAACCGCCUCUAAGAGCAUUGUAUUUAAUAACAGCCAAUGGCAGGCCGAAAAUUAUAAGGUGGGGUGAAUUGAGCUAUAAUUUGCGCGAUUUUAUCGAUAGGUGUUUGCAAGUUGAUGUCGAUCAGAGGGCAACAGCCGAGGAAUUGUUAAAGCAUGAAUUUUUAAGUGUGAGGAGUGAAUUGAAAUCGUUGACGCCUUUGAUUAAAGCAGCGAAAAAGAUGUUGCAUAAGGCGUGACUAACGGCGAUUGUAUUUAGGGGGCGGGGCGAGGCUUGAAGGUGGGGCCUAAUAUGUGUGGACUGUGACGCAUCUAACACAUUCCAAUUUUUCCAAAAAAUAACAAUAAAUCAUUACCACGUCAAAACAAGUAGUUACGAAAAUAUAUAUUUAUUUUUAAAACGAUACACAGUGUGACACAAGACACACAUGACUGAACAUUUAUUCCCACAAUUUCGUCGCUCCACCCUAUACAUUUUGUAAAUUACGAUAUUUUUAUAGUUCCUUAACGGGAUAUUUACACAGAGGUCCAAAAACGGCGAUAAUUUUAUUGUAAUGUUUUUCUAUGAUGUAUAAAUAAAUUAAUUCCAAGUGUCGACAAUAAA